AUGUUAUUAGAGACAAGGGGACCCAAAAGAGGAAACAAGGUCGCCCCUGCCCCGUUGGCGCAGAAGAAGAAGACCGCUACCAAGACUAGCAACCCCCUUUUCGAGUCAAAGAGCCGUAACUUCGGAAUCGGUGGUGACAUCCAGCCCAAGCGUGAUCUUGGUCGUUUCGUCAAAUGGCCCAAGUACAUUCGCCUGCAACGCCAGCGUGCGAUCCUUAUGCAGCGUUUAAAGGUACCCCCCACAUUGAACCAGUUCAACAAGUGUCUAGACAAGCACACCACCGCUGAGCUGCUCAAGCUCGCCGAGAAGUACCGCCCCGAGACCACCGCUCAGAAGAAGGAGCGUCUUAGCAAAGCUGCCGAGGCCAAGGCCAAUGGAGGAGAUGGCAAGCAGGGAAAGCCCGCUGCUGCCCUCAAGUUUGGUCUUAACCACAUCACUGGUCUUAUCGAGAAGAAGAAGGCUAAGCUUGUGGUUAUCGCUGCCGAUGUUGAGCCCGUAGAGCUUGUCCUCUGGUUGCCCUCUCUUUGUCGCAAGAUGGGCAUCCCUUACUGUAUUGUCAAGGGAAAGUCCCGUCUAGGAGCUCUUAUCCACCAGAAGAAGACAUGUGCUGUAGCUUUCGUUGAUGUGAACGCUGCCGAUCAGGCCGCUUUCAACAAGCUUUGUGAGGCUGUCAAGGGCAACUUCACUGACAAGUGGGAGGAACAGCGCAGACACUGGGGUGGUGGUGUAAUGGGAGUUAAAUCCGUCGCCGCGACCGUCAAGCAGGAGCGAGCUCACGCCAAGGAGAUUGCGUCACGUAUCUAA